GAGCAGCAGCUCAUCUCAUUCUUUUUUUCUUGUUGCGUAGCGAAGAGUAAACGCAAAGACAAUGAAACAGCCGCCCGGCAGACUCGUGUGUGUCGUUACUUGAUCCUAAUUCGAAAUGCAAAGUGUUUGAGCGAGUAGGAUUACAAAAUAUCCUGAUUUCUUUGGUGUUUGGUUCCUUCAACGCAAAGAAAAUCCCAAGAUGGCGAUGAUCCAAGCCUUCCUGAACCGCGCACCGACGGCCAGCUCCCGCUCCCUGUCCGUGCUGUCCUUUCUGGAGAAACGUACUGCUCCUGGGUGCUUUGCAGAUUGAAUAUGUUACUGCAACAGUCGUCCGAGAAACCGUUUGUGCUUUCUUUUAUGUCGAAAUCUAAAUCUACUGACCCUGGUCAUCUAUUUUUAGGAAGGCCCUGUGUAGCUGGGGAAGAUGUGAAAAGGCGACCGCCAUGAAAGCCUCUGCAGCUCUUCCUCAUUGUGACAAGAUGACCGCAGUAUCAUAGACCGAGAUGUAGAUUUAGAUUCGUGGGUAUGUACUAGAGAACGAGAUUUAAAUAUCUUUAAAUUUUCAUUUGAAUCCACAAAUUUACGGAUGUUUUCUAUUUUAGACUUGUAGGUUAAUCUUUAAAUUUGAAUUUAGAUUUAGGAAAAAGACGGCAUUUACGUUGCUGUGUAUCAACUCGCCAAAAUUCUGUACAAUCUAGGUACCUUUACGGCGGCGGCUGCGGCGGCCACACAGAAGCUUCCAAAAGUGAACCAGUGCCUGACGAAUCCCUUGGGAAGUAUUUUUGCAUAAUCGGUGCUGCUGAUUUGCAUUCAAGUGCUCAUUGCGGGUCCUGUUCUCUGUCUUUUUCUGGUCGUAGCCGGUUUUUUUUCCUGACAGACUUGUAUGCACAUGGUCAACGAAUUAUGACAGCGACAAGAAGCACUUACAGGUGUGCGGCAUGCGGGAGCCUCCACGUUGGCCUGCGGUAUCGCGACCGUGGCCUUGGGCGGCGUUGCGCAGGGUGUCGGAUCCGUCUUUGCGGCCCUAGUUGUGGGAACCGCACGAAACCCUGCAAUCAAGGACGACUUGUUACGGAGCCUAAACUUUUUGUCGCACCGCUAAGUAGUACCAUGCCUGGGGAUCGAAGUAUUCCAUCCGCCUCAAAGAUGGCAAGUAUUUGUUUCAAGUAGUACUCUGCAUGGCAAGUAUUUCCAAAUAGCAGUGCCAAAAGGCAGGUAGGAGCCCAAUUUUGCAGAAGAGCUUGUUGUCAUCAACACCUCGCAAGAACAAAGCACCGCGCUUCGCAGCACUUUGUCCCGCGGACCGAUAGAACGUUUAGAUUCCAUACCGGUUCGCUUACACGAUGAUUGGUUUUGGUUCCGUCGAUAUCCUGUGCAAAAGUAUCGCGCUCGUAUAAAUGAAUUACAAAUUUCCUGAGCAUGAGAAAAAAAAAUUGGCAUGCUGGUUUCCCUUAAGAAAAAUAUUUGUAAUGCAAGACUUGCAUUUUCAGUGCGACACUUUUGCACAGGAUAGUCGAGCUAAUGAUGUUCAUCGUGAUCGGUCUCGCCGUUAUGUUGCUUGUCUCGGAGUAGGCGCGUAAACAUCAUCAAGGGGUUCAUCAUGCAAUCGUGAUCUCUGGCGAAGGCGACGUUCUCAUGAUCACUCGCAAGGAUGAAACCGGAUCGUGUUGGUGACCCUCGCGGCUGCUCUACAAGGAUGCGUUCCGGUUUUUGGUGAAUGGCACGCUUCGAGCAUCUGCGACUCUAAAGAAAAUCCGGUAGCCAUCCCGAUUGCAAAUAGAACUCUAAAUCACAACCACGUGGUUAUCGUUUUGGAUCUAGAGGGAUAGUUCGUUGUUGGGGUUUAUUAAAAUUUAUGAAUGAUAUUUCAGACCUACGCAAGUUCGACAUUACUACUUCGAUGUACUUUCUUCGUAUCAAUUGUUUUUAGACAAUUUUACCGUUUUAUUUCUUCUUCUACUGAUUUUAUAUGCAGGGAGGUGUGUCAAUUUUGAACGAAAUUUAGUUUGAGCUUUUCUUGUUUACAGGUUUUAAAUAAGUGGACAGAUUGUGGGAUGUAAGUGGAGGACUAAAGUGCCUUCAAAUUUUCCUUUUUGGUUUUUUCUAAAUACUUUUUCGAUUUCCAGCUGCUUCGCAGCGAUAAUAUACAUAUGCUUGGGGAAGUGCUGGGUCGAUUUCUCUGCUCGUCGUGUUUUUCGAUGUGUUGCUGUCCGCCCGAAGGUGGGGAUCGCAACUGGUGCUGGUUCGUGCGUGUUGCACCGAGAGGAAAUGUUGUGACUGUAGAAGCGUAUGUGAGAGUUUCAUUGCAAAACCGCUUCAUGAAUGCCUGAGAAUACAAAGCAACAGGCUUUGUGCUUGUGCAGCAGCAAACCGAAAACAAAAUAUGUGAGGACGAUCGCACCAGAGAGGAGGAAACAAGCCAAAACGUCGUUGAAUGCUGAGGGAGAAGCGACGCAUUGCGCAUCGAGUGUGAAAAG